AUGUUUCUAGCUGAAGUAUCGGCCAGCUCCAUGUCACCCAGGACGGCCGACUUUGCAUCGAAUACAGCAACCACAUCGGCCACUACUCGAUCAAACUCAGCCUUGACGCCUGGUCCCAGCCGAUUAUCGACGCAUUUCGGAGAAGCCACGAGCACCUCUCAUGGCACUUUUCAGGUGCCAGACUUUGUCGCAAAGCCGUCCAAAGACGUGGACCCCGAAGACCUCGCCCAUCUUGCUGCUCAAGGCGUGUUUGAUCUGCCACCGGCGCCAUUUCUGCGCAUCAUCUUUGAAUGCUUCCUCAACUACGUGUAUCCUUUAUUGCCGAUUUUGGAUAUCUGUGACCUGCUUCACUCCCUGUACGGACACACCUCUCGGGUCAGUCUGCCUCUGCUCUACGGCAUCAUGCUCGCUGCGUCGGCAUUCGUAGAUCAGAGCACUCUCGACCAGACCGGCCAUCAAUCACGCUUUGCUUGGAGAAGUAGCUUGGGUCGUAAGCUGCGGCUCCUGUACGACUUUGACUAUGAGCACGAUCGCCUCGCAACAGUUCAGGCGCUGCUUCUCAUGACCUACUUCCACGACAAACCAGAUGAAAGCAAGCACCUGUUGCAUAAGAUCGUCAAUGCAAAACAUCUUGCUCUGACAAUCGGCUUGAACGGAGACUUUGGACAGGAGAAGAAGCUAGAUCCUCGAAGGAGAAGGCUCUGGAAAAGAGUCUGGUGGUGCUGUUACAUUCGAGACCGCACAUGCGCGCUCGGUCUGCGCCAGUACCCGACCAUUGAGCCCAGCGAGUGUCAGUGGACAGACCUGGAGCUCGAGGAUUUCGACAUCACGCCGACCGAUUUCACCGACUACGAGCUCCUUGCGGACUUGGGGCUUCAAUCACAAUUGGCCGAAAUCUGUAUCGCGCAGGUCCAGCUUUGGCAUCUACUGUCAGAUAUCAUGCACACAAGAUUCCAGUCUGCCUUUCCGCGAUACGGAUUCUCCACGGAGACGACUCUGAUCCUGAUGCCCAUCGCUCCCCAGGCGAACCGCACGGGCAUCGAGGACCGCCAAAGAAGUCUGGAUCAAUGGUUUGCCCACCUCCCUGAUCAGUAUGCGUACCGACUUCCACUGUCACCUGUGUUUGAACAGGGUCAUAGACUGCUGCGGCUACAUUGCUGCACGCUGGCUCUGUUGUACAACGCCUUACAAUGCACGUUGAACAGGUGGGCGCUCUCACCCAGCUGCAAGAGCAGUCGCGCCGGCGACAUCACCGCACGCCAGAAGGCGCGCAGCUCCGCGAACAUGAUCCUAUCUAUUUUCGAGUAUCUCCGCGACGGAGACAUGGUCCAAUACACCCCCGGCUGGGCCGUUACCAUCCUGAUGCAGGCAGCGCUGACAUUCAAGACCGAAUCGAGAGUGCCCCACUCACAAUCUGGCCGACGCCUGCAGGACUGCAUGGACGUCCUGGGCUGGCUCAAAGACGCCCACUUCCACUCGAAUUUCGGCAUCUCCCUCAUCGACGCAUUCCUCAACACGGCUGAUUUGGCAUCGACAACAAGACCCGGUGGUGACCCAGUUACCAGUGGCGAUGCCCAGCUGGCGUUUCCCAGGUCUGAGGCUCCUCACCGUGCCCAUGGCCAGUCGUGCGCAGAACCGCCAUUCCACCAUGAACCUGGUCCGGAAGACUCUUUGGUGACUGAUACUGCCGCUGCCGCUGCCGCUGCCGCGGCGUCGAUGGAGCCAUCCUGGCUCGCAGACUUUCUGGAACAGGAAUUCUGGCCGCAGGACUCUGGCUUGGAGAUCUUGGGAAAUGGUUCCUCCCUGCACUUGAAUUCAGACUCCAGAUCUCAGUACUGA